UCAAAAUACAAUUUUAUAUUAAUGCAGAAAAAUAAUCAUUACAAAUUGAAAACAAGUUUUAAAGUAAUGAUAGAGUGCUUAUUAAUAUUCUCUGAAAGAAUUACAAAACAGAAUUAUAACUAUCUGUAAAUAUUUUAAUUGUUAUUUUUCCUAGAUUAUAAAAAAAAAAAGAAAUAAAAUAAAUCUAUAUUUUUGUCUACAAAACCAGCGUUCUCAUUUGAGAAAUGUCCUACUAGUAUACAAAACAGACAGGCAGAACUAUACAAACGGCAACAAUCCACGUCGUUUCUAGUCGGACCUUUUUGUGAGCCGGACACCUUCUUUUGGCGUUUGGUUAAAAACGUGUACAAGCACGAGUAUUAUUCUGUCUAGUUACAACAGACGUCGUCUAACUAUAAUGCAGAUUUCUAGCAUAAACGAUGUCAAAAUUUAUAAUCUAAGCCAUGGAAAGUCUCUUCCCGAGUGGUUGUCAGAUCGGAGGAAAAGACAAUUGCAGAAGAAAGACGUGGACCUUCAGCGUAGGAUUGAGCUUAUCCAGGAUUUUGAGAUGCCUACAUUGUGUACCUCCAUUAAAGUAUCGAGGGACGGUCAAUUCAUUCUGGCAACAGGUACAUAUAAGCCGAGAAUACGCUGCUACGACACUUAUCAACUGUCUCUGAAGUUUGAGCGUUGCUUAGAUUCAGAUGUUGUUGCUUUCGACAUGCUGUCUGAUGACUACUCUAAGCUGGUCUUUCUGCAUUGUGAUCGCUAUGUAGAAUUCCACUCGCAGCAUGGACAGUAUUACAAAACAAGAAUUCCAAAAUUUGGUCGGGAUUUUUCAUAUCACCAUCCCUCCUGUGACCUCUAUUUUGUGGGAAUGAGCUCAGAGGUAUACAGGCUGAAUCUGGAACAGGGACGCUUCCUGAAUUCACUUCAGACAGAUGCUGUGGAGAUCAAUGUGUGUGAUUUCAACUCUGUCCAUCAUUUGUUUGCAGCAGGGACUUCUGAUGGAAAAGUGGAAUGUUGGGACCCUCGUGUUCGUAACCGAGUGGGGAUAUUGGACUGUGCCCUAAGCAGCUUUACUGACAGAACAGAAGUUCAAAGUUUGCCUUCCAUCAGUGCGCUUAAGUUUAACGGCUCCCUCACUAUGGGAAUUGGCACAAGCACUGGCCAGGUAAUGCUUUAUGACCUGCGGUCCAGUUGCCCCCUGCUGGUCAAAGACCACCUGUACAACUUGCCCAUCACUUCUCUGAACUUUCAAAAUCAUAUGGACCUCGUUUUGUCUUCUGACUCUAAAAUUAUAAAGAUCUGGAACAAAGAUACUGGAAACAUUCUUUCUUCCAUCCAGUCUCAAACCAGCAUCAAUGAUGUUUGUAUCUAUCCUGAUUCAGGCAUGAUUUUUACAGCUAAUGAAGACACAAGGAUGAACACAUUCUAUAUCCCUGCUCUAGGCCCUGCACCACGCUGGUGUUCUUUCCUUGACAAUCUCACUGAAGAGUUGGAGGAGAGCCCAGAGAUUACAGUGUAUGAUGAUUACAAGUUUGUAACACGAAAAGACCUGGAAAACCUGGGUCUAUCCCAUCUUGUGGGAUCAACUCUUCUGCGAGCCUACAUGCAUGGAUUUUUCAUGGACAUAAGGCUGUACCACAAGGUGAAGACCAUGGCAAAUCCUUUUGCUUAUGAGGAAUAUCGCAAAGAUAAGAUCCACCAAAAGAUUGAGGACUCCAGAGCCCGGAGAGUGCAUGUUAAUCUUCCAAAGGUAAAUAAAGAGCUGGCACUGAAACUGAUGGAGGAGAGGAAUGAGGAUGCAGAGAUGGCUUCGCAGACAAAGAAGGAAAAGACUAUGCCCAGCAUUCUAGGGGACGACCGUUUCAAAAGGAUGUUUGAAAAUCCUGACUACCAGGUGGAUGAGCAGAGUGAAGAGUUUCGUCUGCUCAACCCAAUUGUCUCCAAAGCUGGACAGAAGAGAAAAAAGAAGCUGCGUCAGCUGGUGGCUACCAAACAGGUGGCUAAAGAUAUAGAGGAGCCAGAGGGGCAAGUCAGUUCUGAGGAGGAGAGCUCUGAUGAUGACAAAAGCUGGUUGGAGGAAGUAAGAAAACAGCGUAGGUUGUUGCGUCAAGAAGACAAACACUGCAGGAGACAGGAAAGGAAAGAAAUCGAGGGCAAUGCUGGUUUGCUGGAGAAGAUGCAGAACAGAGGCAAGAAAACUCCCAAAGCGCCUGAAAGCAAGAAGUCAAGUCAGCCACAGUUUUAUCAAAUCAAAUGUGGAGAAGAGUUCAGAAGUUUCAAUGAAAUGGCCCACAAGCAGAAAAUUCAAAAAGCCUCUCUGGAGGAUCGUCUGAAGUUGGAAGAGCAGGAUGGACUCAGUGUGGCAGACACUGCAGUGGGCAGCAAACAGAUAACCUUCACUCUAAAAAAGUCUGAUAAACAGAUGAAGCAGCAACAAGCCGAACAUGAGCACAACAAGGAAAGGAAAAAACUGAGACGCUCAGCUGGACAGUUAAAGAGUGUCCGUGGGAAAGGCUGGGGAGAAAGAGGACAUUGCUGAGAGGAGUCUUUGUGUGCCUUUACAGCUGCUGCCCACAGUCACUUGUGGGCUACAAAAGUCACAUCUCAACACCCUCCUUUACUUAAAUUUGGAAGCUUAGUUUCAUUCAUGUUUGUAAUUUGUUUCUCAGAACUAGGCAAUUUGAUUCCACUUGGAUUCUCAUUAUAAACAUUUUGAGAACGUCCUGUC